AUGUCCGAACUCGACCCGCAGGCACCUUCUCAGCCAAGCCAACAGACUGGCUUGAACCAAGGCCUAAACCCUGCUUCAAAGACCUCCCAAGAACAAACUGCAGCACAGGACACAUCCUCUACCCAGUCCAAGACUGUUGACCGCCGAUCUGCCCAUGAUGUCCCUUCAGAACACGGCGAAGCCGCCAAACCAGGGGCUCUGGGUAUUGGCGAGCGAGGGCCCCUCACAGAAAGACGAAUUCCUGAGUCCGAUGCGCAAAACUACUCAGAAGGCAACAGCAAUUUAGAAGGCGAGCAAAUGCGGAUGCCAGGUGAAGGCAAUGUCGCGAGAGCCGUGCGAAAGGGUGGUGGCGGAGGAUAUGGUGAGGAAGAGAGUCUGACCCAGAACAUAGACAGGAAAGCGGCCGAUCAUGAGCGAGAGUUGCACAGGAGGGGGGAGCGGACUGGGAAAGAGAUCGAGGAAGAAGAGCAGGAAGAUUGGACGGGCAAAAAAGCAGAUAUUGCCAGUGCAUUGGGCCAAGGAAGAGAAGGCCGUGACGAGGCGAGUCGGCCGGCGGUGGUUCUGGCUGCGGAAGAGUGA